UCCGUCCCCUUUGAUUCCCUCUUUCACCUGAUCUGUUAGCUUUCCCGGCCUUUCGAAUUCAAAUCUUAAAGAUUUCAUUCGUCUGCGACUUAUGCUCCGGGAUCGUUUUAAGGGAGUUUAGAUUUCACUUUUAAUUAGGCUUUUCUUUGUAAAAAUUGUGGGUGCGGAUAUUGUUGACUUUGUUUCAUUGGAUUGUAACUAUUGUUUCAAUUCGCUUUUGAGAUGGCUACGAGUUUCGAUAGAUGGGAAAAGGAUCAUUUCUUCGCUGUGGCUGAAGAAGUUCAGGAAUCUGCCGACAGGAUGGAAUCGACGUAUCGGACAUGGCUACACGCGAGAAAACAGGUUUCUAGUCCGUGGAAUUUCGAGGAACUUCGUAGGGACCUGCGUACUACCCUUGGCACCACCAAAUGGCAGCUAGAGGAGUUCGAGAGGGCUGUCCAAUCAAGUUACAAUGAGAAUUCAAGUGAGGAUGCGAGAGAUAGGCAUCGAGAUUUUAUUGCGGCAAUUGAGGACACAGUUUCAAAGAUUGAAAAUUUGUUGCAGGAAUCAGCCCAUUCGGAGGGUAAGACACCAAUGCCUUGGGUGCGUUUGGAUGAAGGUGAACGGGAUGAUCUUGCUUUAUUUUUGUCUGGACCCUCUGUGUCGGGAGAGAAGAACCUUCCUCCUAAUUUUCAUUCCAGGGCUAAUGAAAUCCCACAAAGAAUCAAUAUCGAAUCUCUGCCAGAUUCAUCGAAGAAUUCAGGUCACUCUGUUGAGUGGAUUUCCUCUGAGGCUAAGGGCGAGAAGUCACAUGGGCAUAGGAGGACUGCUAGUGCUGCUGACCUUGGCACUUGCAUGAUUGCUAUCGGUGAUGAUGUUUUACAACAGAACUGUUCUGAUGGUCUGCCCUCCAUUCCCCCACGAAAGGUACCAAGCUUAUAUGGUUUCCUAAAUUCCAUCGAAUCUGUAGCCAAGGUGAAGUGGUCGAAGAAUGGUUUCAGGAAGUUGAAGGCAGUAGGUCGUGAUCAAGAGUCUAAUACAGAGUUGUUGAGACCUCCUCAGUGGCUAGGGGCCUCAAUGCAUGUUAUGAAUGAAGUAAGAGUUGCCUAGACUGUGAUGAUAAUUACGAUAAGCAACUUUAUGGCUGGUAUGGGGCGAUUCAAAGACAGCUCCAAAGGUCUCGGUAUCAAAUGCAAUAUAGUCAUCCCAUUCGACUUGCAAUUUGGUUCAUCCUCAUCUUUUGCUUGAUUGUUUUAAUCACAUAUCAUAUGAUAUGAAAAGGAUACAGUACCUUCGACGGGAAGUUUAUACUUGGUGGCAAUUCAUAUUUGGGGGAAGGUGGUUAAGGAGCCUAGCUUGUGCAUGUUAUGCUGGCACCUGGAUGAUACACUCAGUGAAGUAUUGAAUGAAGGUAGUACGGUUAAAAGCAAGAGAACCUUUCCCCCUUUUAGUUUCCUUGACAUCCUCUUGUCUAUCUUUCGAUUUUGGUUUUUUCGAGUGAAGGGAAGUCCUGUUGUUACUGGGGAGCAAAGGGAUGAUAGAUUGAGCUGAGGAAGUCGGAUCAUGUAACGUAUAUGUUUUCUUUUUCUUCCUGAAGAGUAUUUUGUAUUAAUGCACAGCGAGUAGCACUUUAACUCCCCUUCCCUACGGGCUUCCUUUUUAAGUUGUAACCAAUUAGGAACUGUGAAAAGGAAGUGGAAAAUUUAUCUAAUUGGGACCUCAAUUAUGGAAAAUGUGGAAAUUCCUUUGCUUGUCUCA